AGGAACACCAACGAUCUGUCAACGAUGGACGAAAUGUCUACAGUGCGGCAAAGACUAAUAUCAUUACUAAUCGAACAUGGUGCUGAUCUUAAUCAGGAGGAUAAGAUAGGUUGUACUCCUUUAACAUGUGCUAUACAAUACCAUGGCGAUAAUAUAGAUACAUAUACAUGUAUAAAACUAAUAUCAACACUAAUCAAACAUGGUGCUGAUAUUAAUGGAAUUAACAAAUUUGGUGAUACUCCUUUAACACUUGCUGUACAAGAUCAUGGUGAUAAUAUAGAUACAUUUUGUCAUCAAUAUUUUACUGUUCUUAAUGGUCUAUGA